AUGUCCACACAAGGUUUACCCUACCCACAUACCCCUCUCUUGGCUCAGCGGAACGCGAAACUAUUCUCUAUUGCGUCGCUCCAACAAGGCACAGACUACCCUCUCGUCACUCUUGCAUCAGUAAAUAGCAUGAAAGCCACCAUACUCACCAACCCACUAUCUCCAAUUACCAAGCCACUCAUAUCCAUCUUACAUCCAUCUCACAUCCAUCUCACAUCAAAAUCGACAGACAUCACAAAUCCACUUCCCAUUUCGGUAACUGUAUCCUUCACCCUUCUUCCGAUGGGCCAUACCUGCUUCUCUCUCACUCAACCUGUCAUCACUCAUCACUUAUCCGCUGUCAUCCCCACCCUAGCGUUUGGUAACCGCCCAAACGCUAGAUUCCGCACUUCGGCGUUGAUGGACGUUGAUUACUUUCCGAUACCUGUGUUCGUUAUCACACCGGGCCCGAUACGAGGCUUCCAGCUUAAGCGAAUGUUGAUCCCUUUCUCCCAUGGCACAAUAUGCCUCGCAUGCGCUAGUGCAGAACGUGGAGCGGGAACUCGAUGCGGUGGACGGGAAGAACAGCGAGAUCAUGCCGAGCAACACCGAGGAAAAACAAACUUCAAAAGGUUGAUUAAAACCAAGAAUGUGUCGUGCACUCCCUAUUCCCAUCUCGCCUGGGGCCAGUCUCUACCCAACCUUCUUCGUUCUUUUCUGCACACGACCACAAAAUCCCCUCACUCGCGCUGCACUCGCUUAGGCGGCCCGCUCGCUGCUGGGAGCAUCCCGAUGUUCGGCAUCGCGCUGUGGAGAAACGAAAAUCUCGGCGAGCGGCGGCUCAUGCCCCUCGCGCAAUUCUGCGACGGGGAAAGCGAUCACGAAUGGGGAAAAAAUAAUCUGUGGGAGGCGAUAUUAGCUGGGAGUAUCCUUGAGGGAGCGACAGGUGUCUGGAGAAACGAGUGGAGAGGCUGCCUAGAGUUUGGGCUCUCUCAUUUCGUUGUCGGGUUGUUUGGCACACCGCUCACAACAGAUAUUAUCAAACUAGUCGUGUACGUCCCUUCGUUGUACAAAGAUACAUCAUUCUUGGAAAUUUGGAUUUGUUCUGCUCAGAGUUAUCAUUACUUAGUUAUCAACGACUCGUCAAUUAUCAAAUAUCAGUACAGUUAUAUCAGCAAAUAA